AUGGAAGCUCCCUUGCAAGAAACCUUCCCUAGGGCCUUGCGUGAUGUGAGUCAGGCUCGCACAGAGUGCUGAAGAUGGUACGGAAACUGACUCUGCACUUCAUGGCCCCAGCUUGAGGACAAAUUGGUGGACAUCAAACGUCAGGUCGAGCUCCUGGAGUCCCAGCUGCAAUUUGAAUCAGACUUGCAACAAAGAAUUCAACGGCAGAUGAACAACCUCCUCGACUCCCUUCUCGCAUCUCAUCAAUACAGCGGCCGACAGGCCGACAGAGUGACUGACUUGGCGUGCGAGGUCCGCAGACUGAGAGACAUGGAAGGACCUACAGCCUCUAGGUGAGUCAACGCUUAUGCAAGAGGAGCAGGAAAGGAUUGUGAGAUUCGCAUUAGUCUCGAGCUGACUCGGGAUCUCUUCAGUGGAAGCCCUGCCCAAGCACGUUCUACUGAAGCAGGUUCUAGCCAAGCACGUUCGGGACCUUGA